AUGAGGGACUCGAAGGGUUGUUUCUGGUGGCUGCUCACCGCCAUUUCUUUGCAAGCAUCUAUGGUCGUGGUGCGCGCCCCUAAACCGCCAAACAUCAUCUUCUUUCUGGCCGAUGACCUGGGUUGGGCGGACACAAGCUUCCGCGGAAAUCCCCAAAUACCGACCCCAAACCUGGACGUUUUGGCGGCUUCUGGAAUCAUUCUCAACAACUACUACAUCCAGUAUCUGUGCUCGCCAUCCAGGGGAGCGCUCUUGACUGGCCUAUACCCUAUCCACACAGGGCUUCAGCAUAACAUGGUGUAUCAAGCGGAACCUUGGGGCUUGUCUCCCAAUUUCACGAUAAUGCCCGAGUACCUGAAGGAACUCGGCUACGCCAGUCACAUUAUCGGAAAGUGGGGCAUAGGUUAUUACAAGGAAAGUUACACGCCGACUUACCGGGGAUUUGAUUCUUUCUAUGGCUACUACAACGGUGGUGAAGACUAUUACAGCCACAAAUUUUCUAUGGUGGUUGAUAAUGAUACCGAGCUGGGACUGGACUUUUGGAAUGACACAACGCCUGUUCGAGACCAAGGGGGCCACUACUCUACGAGGUUAUUCACAGAAAGAGCUCUUUCUCUUAUCAAGGAUCACGAUGUAAACAAGCCUCUAUUCUUGUUCAUGGCACAUCAGGCUGUCCACUGCGGUGACUGCUUGGUAGGAAUGAAAGCUCCGGCUUCCUCGGCUGCGCAUUUCCCCUACAUACACGACUCGAACAGGUCGAUACAUGCCGGUGCUGUCUACGAGCUGGACCAGUCGGUCGGAAUGGUGAUGGAGUCGCUUCACAGAAGAGGAAUGCUCGAGAACAGCGUCGUCGUCUUCAGCUCCGACAACGGAGCCCGCCCCUUGGGUCCAGGAGCGAACGCUGGUUCCAACUGGCCCCUGCGCGGGGGCAAGUCUACCUUGUGGGAAGGAGGUGUGAGGGGGGCGGCCUUUGUCUGGAGCCCGCUGCUGUCGAGAGUCGGUCGCCUCUCUGACCAAAUGAUGCACAUCAGCGACUGGUUGCCAACUUUCUACACUGCGGCGGGAGGAAACCUUUCAAGACUCGGUGACAUUGACGGCAAGGACAUGUGGGAUGCCCUCUCCAAAAACCUUGCCUCUCCGCGGCAUGAAAUACUUCUGAACAUCGAUCCAAUUUAUAAUUAUUCGGCGUUGAUUUUUGAGAAUCGCAAGGUCAUCCUUGGAGACACUGCUGGCGGAUUGUACAGUCUGCGCACGCCUGUCCCAGGAGGCACGCGACCCGUUGACGGUCUGGACCAAAUGAUGCUCAACUCUCGGACCGCAGCAGUUCUGAAGGACUUUUACAAGGUUCAGCAAGUUCCGGUUAGGCCCAACUGGCGUCAAGAGGUGGCCGUGAACUGCUCUUAUUACAACCCCAGGAACAAUUUUGCGGACAAUGUUUCUCUCUACUACUUCGACGUCAAACAGGAUCCCUGUGAGCUAGACAACUUGGCACCUACGAACGUGACGGGACUUGAAGAGCUAAUGAAGAAGCUUAAAGCCUACGAAGCAACAAUGCUUCCCCCGGCAAAUGAAGGGUUCGACCCCAAAGGUUUUCCCAAGAACAACCAAGGAUUGUGGGCACCUUGGCAAUGA